GACUGGCUUUCUCUCGCUCUAGGAGGCCCAGGAUGGGGCCGGGGAAGGCUCUGAGGAAAUAGGCGGGGUCCUGCAGAAGGGAGGAGGAAGAUGGCAGAGACCGAGGCUCAGCUGCUGCUGAGUGUGGGGCUGAUUGAAAAAGAUACCAAUGGAGAUACUCUGUGGGUCUGGUGCUACCCUUCUACAACAAUUGAAUUAAGGGACCUCUUGUUGAGAAAAUGCUGCCUUACAGAUGAAAGCAAAGAGCUUCGCUCGUUCGCAUUUGGUCAGUACAGGUUGACGUGGUUUUAUGUUACAACCAUGGAAGUACCAGAUUCUUCAGCCUUGAAAAAGGUGACCCAUUUUUCCAUUGUCCUGACUACCAAAGACUUUAACCCAGAGAAAUAUGCAGCCUUCACUAGGAUCCUCUGUCGAAUAUACCUGAAAUAUGGGAGUCCUGCGAAAAUGAUGGAGAGCUAUAUUUCUGUCCUUACAAAGGGGAUCUGCCAGAGUGAAGAAAACGGAUCUUUCCUGAGCAAAGAUUUUGAUGUCAGAAAAGCUUACCUUGCAGGCUCAAUCAAAGAUAUAGUAUCUCAAUUUGGAAUGGAAAUAGUCAUCCUGUAUACUGCACUCAUGUUAAAGAAAAGAAUUGUAGUAUAUCACCCCAGAUUAGAAGCCAUCCAGGAAUUUACAAGGACUCUACCAGCCUUAGUGUGGCAUCGCCAAGACUGGUCAAUCCUUCAUUCACAUGUACAUCUGAAUGAUGAUGAACUGGAAGCAUUAAAGACGUGCCCAGGUUACGUUGCUGGAUUUAUAGACUCGGAAGUCAGCAACAGGCCAGACCUCUAUGAUGUAUAUGUGAAUCUGGCCGAAAGUGAAAUCACCAUUUCACCGCAAGCGAAAGAGGCAAUGACGAUGGGGAAACUCCACAAAGAAAUUGGUCAGCUCAUCGUUCAGUCCGCAGAAGAUCCUGACAAAUCAAACAGUCAAGUUGUUAAGGAUAUUUCACUGAAGACGAAAGAAAUCUUGACGAACCUGGCCUCCUUCACAGAGGUCUUGCAUGAUGGAGAGAAGCCAUCGCUUAACUUUGAAGCACUGAAGCAGAAGAGAUUUCCACCAGCUACUGAAAAUUUCCUCUACCAUUUGGCAGCUGCUGAACAAAUGCUUAAGAUCUGAUGGGUGGACCUCAUACAGCGAUUCAAAGUUCUCGCUGCCGCCAUGUUUUCUGAGCAUCCCAUACCUACGUAGAACAUUCCGCAGAGGAAAGAGCAUUUCUAUCUGGAGGGGGGGGGAGUAAGGAUGUUACAGGCUUGAGAUAAAAACACUGCAGUGUGUAGCAGAAAACACUUCUUUUUUCCAUUUUUUUAAUUUAGGGUUUUCUACAAAAUGGGACAGAUUCUUCUUCUUAAAGACAAAAUGAAAAGACAGCUUACAUAAAGGAUGUAAGGCUACAAGUUUUUCUGUAUUAAAGUGGAAAAUUCGAUAAACCCUAUCAGCAUCCUAGUGUAAAGAAACAGGAUACUGCAAAAGUGAUAAAUGAAAAUAUGAAAGCCAUUAAAAUAGACAAGAUAAAU